UUAUACAUUACCGGACGUCGUUGGAACAUAUAGCAUGGUCUUAUAAUUAAUUUAAAUUGGUUAAAAGAUAGAUUUAAAAUGGUUUUUUUGUUUAAUAAUAUUUGGCGAAUUUUAUUUAUUUAUGCAGUUUUUGAAGUAAGUCAGGCUGUAAACCAUGAACAGUACUCUGGGAAAAGCUUAAUUCAUAAGAAAGGAUAUGAACACGAGGAGUACAAAUUCAUAUCCAAAGACGGCUACACCAUAACCUUAGACAGGAUGCCAAAUCCUGGCUUGGAACCCAUUUUGUUGGUUCCGGGAAUGUUGCAGAGCUCGUCAGCCUUUUUGAUACAGGGAAGAAGAAGAUGUUUGGGUUCUAUUCUUCAAGAUAAUGACUACGAUGUGUGGAUUAUGAACCCUAGAGGUUCCUAUAAGUCCAGGGAUCACGUUAAAUACAACGCCGAAAGAGAUUUUGAAUAUUGGGAUUUCACUAUCCACGAACAGGCGAUUUACGACAUCCCAGGGGCCCUCGACACGAUCACCAACAUCACCCACAAAAGAUUUGUGAAUUACAUCGGCCACUCUCAAGGGGCCACAUUGGCCCUCAUCUACUUCUCCGAGUUUCCAACACAUACCAAGAAUAUAGGCACCACUUUGCUGUUGGCACCGAUUAUUGGAUGGCCUGAAAGGACGCAGGAGGAGGCUGACCUGCUGAAGAUCUUGUACAAUGAACUUGUGAAUCACAGUGAGAAAAGGGAUUUAAAUGAUCAAUUCCAUGCCAAAAGUUGGUACGGAAAAAUGAUCCGGUCGUUCUGCAGAGCCUACAGGAAGAAACCGAGUGGUUUCUGUGAAAUUUUCAGAUUUAUUGUUCCUGGAUAUAACAGAUGUGACAAAGAUAUCCCUGUAUCAGAGGAAUUUCUGGACUCGAUGCCUGCUGGAGUAUCUUUCCGUCAGGUUUUGCACUACAUGCAAAUAUACAUGUCCGGCCAACUCCAGGGCUUCGAUUAUGGACCAGAAGGCAAUAUGGAAAAAUACAAACAGCCCGAGCCCCCUGUAUAUGAUGCUGGACAUGCAAAGAACGAGCUUUCGGUAUUUUAUUCCGAAGAUGACAAUAUAUGCGCUCACGAUUCGGUUCACGACAUGUUCGUUGAUAUGCGCGGCCUGAAGGACAUCGUCCUGGUCGAUGGCGAUCACUUCACCCACAACGACUUCCUUUGGUCACCAGAGGCCUACGAAGAGGUCUACAUGGAGGUGCUGUGGGAACUGAGCGGCUUGAUACAUAAAAUUCAAUCUUACAUGGCCAUGAGCAGCACGGUGGAAUUUGAAUCGGAUGAAAGUGAUGAAUCGUCGGAAGAAAGUGAUGAAGAUGAUAGUCAUCAGCCGAAGGAAAAGCGUGCUCAUCAGCCGGGUCAUGAUCACAGUCAUGAGAAGAAUGAUGAUCAUGGUCAUCAGCCGGAUAAAACUUCAAGCUAAGAUGGAGAAAGCAGCAGAAUUAUUAAACAAAUUUGUUUAUAAU